AUGAAAUUCAGAAGGAAUAUUUAAUUUGUCCGGAUAAAGCUACUAAUUUUAACCACAAAGUCUUAACCAAUUUUUUCCGAAACAGUAAAUUAUUGCUGGAAAAAAUUGCGGCUGGCCAGGAGAAAACUCGACCUGCAACUAUCAACCAAUUAAUUAUUAAGGAGAAAAAAGAAUUGUUUUCACCCCAAACUCAGGAGAAACUUUGGGAAUUGAUUGCUAAACAAGACUUAAUUUUAUUAAAAGUUGAAACCAUCGAUACCGUUACUUUUUUAGCCAAAAAAUACCAACUAGACAAGCAAAAAAUUUGUCAAAAACUUUUUGGGGAAAAGAAAAAUAUCGUGGUUAUCAGCGAAGAACAAUGA